CCUAUUCAGUUUGAAAUAUAUUCGUCGACAGGCUUGCCAGUAAAAUUAAUAUUUGUCUCCGUAUCCAUUCUCAUCUCAUCAGCAUAUACUUUGAUUCAAAAUGGCAAAAAUUCCGAUGAGGUCUAUCCUCACCAUCUUUUGGGCUUUUGCCACUUGCUGCAAUUGCCAAUCAAUCGGCCCUGGCGUUUCCUCUUCUUGGGCGAAACUCCAAAUCUCACCGGAUGCGUUAAGUUCCAUGGAGUACGGCAACCUUCUCAUUGACAUUUACGAACACGCCAAUAAUCACAAGGCAAAUCCCAGCGAAAACAAAUAUUUCUACUCUCCCAUUGCGCUUUUGGACCACAAAAGCGCUGUUAGUGUAUACAACAACGUCACUAAGCAACCAGAGAUGAGAUUCCGCAUUUAAAUGUGGAACGAAAAAGUCCAGAAUGAAGUUGUGAAACAUCUGUUCAAAUCCGUCGAUAAAGAAAUACAACCAUAUAACGUGAAAAUUAUUCCGUUGGAGAAUGUCAUUCUUGCCAGCAAAAGACCCUCAGCAGAUUAUUCGCUAUCGCCAAUGUGGGCGAAUUAUGACAAGAGCAAGACCCUGAGGCUUUCUCUGUCGUGCUAUGACCAGAAAGUCUGCGACGGAAUGGCCAAUGAAAUGCGAUCUAAUCCCGAACAAUUUGACCAUUUCAAACUCCUCUACAGUUUGUCAUCACAGAAGUCGCAAACCAAACAUACGUCCAUCACCAUCGACAGCGUCAUUUCCGGUCAAAUGGUAACUGCUCUUAUACAGAAAUUUAAAAAGAAAAAAGAAAUUUUUCUGACAGCCAACGACGAAUGGAAAUUGUUGACGGAAAUUACCACCAACAUCCGAAUGGAUACAUUCGACGACUACGAGGUUGUAACUCCGGACACGGAGUCUCAAAUAUUAAGUAUUUUAAAGGAUUUGCUAGUCACGUCCAGGAAGACUAUCAAAGAACAAUGUGACAAAAAGUGGGACUCUGUUUUCUGGAAAGAGGAAAAUUACCGGCCGGACAAAACGACGAAAACAUUGAAUGAAAUCAUCAAGAAACUGGACACUGAAACUCAAAAGAAAUUGGCGGAUAUGUUUGAAGAAGAGGACAGGCAAUCGGUAUUAAUGGAAAUGCUAACUUCGAGUGAUAAAGACGAGGAGACAAGACAAGAGGAAGAAAUUCAACCUGUAAGUCAAUCGGAAAAUGCAGGUGAAAAUGAAAUUGAAUCAACGGAUGAAGAACAAUUCAGCCGCAAUCGAAUCGAGAAAUGUCAACUUGCAAAGAACCAGUUGGAUGAGCAAAAUCUAAAUUUCAAGAAUAAAGAAAGAAUCCAGCACAAUUACAACUCAAACAAUUGGGCUGACAUAGACGGAAUAGCCUAAUUUCAAAAAUUUCAGAGAAAAUGUCAAACGAAUCUGAUAGUUCACGGCGGAACGAAAUUUUGAAGGAAGACGUGGCAAAGUUAUUACAAGAAAGUAGAGACCACGUCCUUUGGGAUGGAGAGAAAUUCGUACCCAAACCCAUAAAACUCGCCAGAAUAAAUUUGGCCAAAUAUCGCGGAUCUCAUCAAUCGUUUCAGGAUCGCAACGUCCUUCUCCGUUACUCGAACGCCGAACUGUCGGCGCCAAUCAAAUUUCUGGAACACGCAGAAUUCAAUGUCGUCAACGAAUGGGAAAAUAUAAAGGACGAAUUAAAAGAAACUAAAGAACUCUUAUAAACAACUAUUAUGAACUUGGCGAAAAGCAAUACUGAACUGAUUAACGUGAAGAGUGAUUUAGGCAACACGAGAAUGGAUUUGAUUAAUAAAUUAGAAGGGACUAUGAAUGAAUUGGUGAAAACCAAAAUUGACUUGGAGAAAACGACGGCCAAAACCGUCGACGAUUUAAUAGUAAACUUAAAUGUGACUCAAAAAGGAUUGACAGAAAUGAAAAUCAUCACCGGAAAUUUGUCAACGGUACUUUCAGAAACUGUGACACACCUUGGGAAAAUGGACAUUGAACGCGAAAACGCGAAAAAUGAUUUUACCAAUACGAAAAUCGAUUUGGCUAGUAAAAUAGAAGGUACUAGGAUUGAGUUGGUGAAAACUAAAAUCGAUUUGGAGAAAUUGACUACUGAUUUAAGUAAAAUGACGGUCAAAGCUGUCGAUGAUUUAACAGUACAACUGAAUGCGACUCAAAAAGAAUUAGGGGAAAUGAAAAUCAUCACAGAAAAUUUGUUAAUGGAACAUCAAGAAAGUGUGAUAAACCUGGCGAAAACGGAUAUCGAACUGAAUAACGUGAAAAGUGAUUUUACCGACACGAGAAUCGAUUUGGCUAAUAAAUUGGAAGGUACUAGGAUUGAGUUGAUGAAAACCAAAAUCGGUUUCGAGAAAACGACUGCUGAUUACAGUGAAAUGACGGACAAAAAAGUCGAUGAUUUAACAGUAAAACUAAAUGUAACUCAAAAAGAAUUGGCAGAAAUAAAAAUCAUCACCGGAAAUUUCUCAGCGGAAUUUAAAGAGACUGUAAUGAACUUGGCGCAAACGAAUACCGAACUGACUAACGUGAAGAGUGAUUUAAACAACACGAAAAGCGAUUUUGCUUUUAAAUUAGAAGGCACUAUAGUGAAAACUAAUAACGAAAUAGAAAAAACGAAUGCCGAUUUCAAGAAAACCGUUGAUGUUUUAUCCAAAAAAAUAAUAGAACUACCAGCAAUGAAGAUGAGCGUUGGAAAUUUUUCAUUGGAGCUGAAAGGAAGUAAGCAGGAACUGACGCAAAUUAAAAUUGAACUGGAGAAGAAAGAGACUAAAGAGGAAUUGACGAAAACGAGAUCCGAUGUUCGUAAAACUUUCAGCGAAUUAUCAACAAAUUUAAAUGCAAAUUCGCAACAAUUAGGUCACGAACUAAAAACCACCGAAGACAAACUGAGAAAUGAGCUGAGAGAAACUUCAAGUUACAAGGCCUCAACGUCGGAUCUGAGCAAUUUAGGAAAAGAACUGAGAGAUGAGUUGAAGAAAACGAGGGUCGAUUUCAGCAAAACCGUCAACGAAUUAACAAUAAAUUUAAAUGCAACUUCAAAAAAGCUGGAAACUACAACAACAAAUUUGGCCUUAGCGAGAUCGGAAUUGAGCGGCACGAAGUCCACCAUUGCGGAUUUGACGACCAAAUUAAAUGCCAGAGGGGGUGAAAUAGUCAACAGUAGAAUAAUGCCAACUUCAUGUGAGGAUCUGAGGCGAAUGGGGCAGAAAAUCAACGGGUUCUUUUUGGUGAAAGGAUCGAAGAAGAUGGAAACAGUUUACUGUGAUUUUUAUUCUAAUGGAAAUGCGUUGCAGAAAUGGAUCGGAUACGCCGACGUCAAAUCGGCGCCCGUCCAUUUCUACGUCCAAAGAAAUUCUGAUUUUGGAACACAAAGCACUCCGAUUCCGUUCGAGUUGACGAGGGUGAAUGAAGGACACGCCAUGGAUUUAUCAUCAGGAAAAUUCACGGUACCGCGACCGGGAAUUUAUUUCUUUUCAUUCACGGGGUUGGCGCGAUUUCCAGCUUCAUCAUCCUCUUAUGUUUCUUUAGGAGUUAGUCUUUUUUUGAAUGGGAAUCAAAUCGGGACGGGUUUGGUAGAAGAGACAAACACCAUCGAUAAUCAAUGGAGUCCGUUGACCCUCCAGUCGACGCUGAACUUAAAAAAAGACGAUCGAGUUUGGGUGCAGAUAAGUACCAUGUCAACAGGGGUUAAAUUGUAUGACAGCGGUUCCCACCACACUCAUUUCACGGGUUUCAUGUUGGAGGAGGAAAUUGUCGCGAACUUUUGAGGUUUUGGGUUCAACAUCCGAAAUGCGCAAAAUGAACGUCGACCCGAACAUUUUUCUUUGGAUUUUUUUUUUUAGUAAUUAAUGGGGAAUGGUUCCUUACUUCCUUCGAUUCUAAUUCAUUAACGGGUGGGAAUUUCUUUGCAAAAAUUUUACUAUGUACACAAAUCAUAGACUUUUAGAAUACACAAACCAAUUUUCCUUUU